AUUUAUCUUCUUCGACAUAAAUUAUUUUGGGCUGCGUUUAUCAAAACCAGAUCAAAGUUGCAGAAGAAGAAGAAGAAGAAGAAGGAGAAAGUAGAAGAGCGCCUAUUUGGGGGAUUUUUGUUGAAGAUUUAGAGAACCCUAGAGAGAGAGAGAGAGAGAGGAAUUAUGGGUCAAAGGAAGCUGCUCAGCGUUUUGGUGCUCUGCUUCUUCUCUCUUUACCUCCUCUUUCCUUCUACUCAAGCUACGGUUGUCAAAUACUGCGAUCGGAAAGCUGAUUACCCUGUGAAGGUCCAUGGUAUUACAAUAUCACCUGAUCCUGUUGUGAGAGGAGAGGAAGCCACAUUUAAGGUCUCCGCUUCAACAAGUGAAGUCAUAUCUGGUGGAAAGUUGGUGGUUGAGGUUGCUUACUUGGGGGUGCAUAUUCAUUCAGAAGACCAUGAUCUUUCUGAGGAAGUUUCCGUCCCUGUACCGGCAGGUGACUUUGUGCUCUCUCAUACCCAGACUUUGCCUGGAAUUACCCCACCUGGAACUUAUACUCUAACAAUGAAAUUGGUGGAUGAUGCCCAUAAACAGUUGACUUGCAUCAGCUUCAAGUUCAAAAUUGGCAUUUUGUCUGUGCUAGCUGAUAGCUAAGCAUCCAUGCUCGGUUCAAUGCACUGUUCACGCGUGUUGUUUCUUCUUUUAAUUUCCGUAAUGUAUGUAUGUAUGUACCAAGUGAUGUAUCAAAAAAAAAAUGUUUGGAUCUCGAGUUCUUGAAACUACUUAAUGUCACUGCUUUUAAGACAAAUUGAUAAGCAAAUAAAAUAAAUUGAUAAUAUUGCCGUUA